CCCUAUCAUGGCCAAAUCUUUAGACAUCCGAUGGACAUCCAAAAUGUCAGCCUGCAGCUGCCAAAUUCCCCUUCCUCACUCUUUAGUAAGUUCUGGAUCCUGCUCUGUGAUGGCCAUCUCAUCCUCCUGGCUCUGCAUCUGGUUCCACUCCUCAUGGCUGUCAAAUGAGGGGAGCUGCUCUCUCUUUGCCUCUCCUCCACAGAGAGAGGAGAUCCAUCUCUCGCUCUGGCAAUAAGCUCCUUUUCCUUUUCAGACACUCUUCCCUGCACAGCCUGGAAAUCCUUUACAGCCCAGAGAGGUCAUUCAGGAGGCCAUCUUUCUGAAGUUCCAGUUUAGUGAUUCAUUUGUUUCCUUGGCAUUUGUGGAAUAUUGCAACUGUUGCAGAUUUUCCUCUGGUUGCUUGAGUCCUGCUUGCUUCCUAGUUGGCUCAUCAGAUUCUUUAUCUGAGCAGCGGCUCCGCAGAUUGGCUGGAUGUAGCUGCCGUGCGUCUGGAUGACUGUUGAAAUCCUGGAGCCUGAGGCUCAGAGGGCUCCAGGUUUGGUACAUGUCUAAGGGACUGUAGGACAUGGUGAGGAGCUAAGACCCACUGGCCCUGCACAGCAUUCCCUGAAGCAGCCCCGGGACUGGAUGCACAGGCUGAUGGGGAACUGGGAAGAGAAAGGGCUGCGGGAAGGGGCUAAGGCUGCCUGCACACUCCAUUUCUCUUUUCCAGCUGCUCUGGCCCUCCGCUGACCUCACUCUUGAUAUAAACAUCAUUUGGAAGGCGAUCACGUCCAGAUUCACAUCUGGACAAGCAUCCCAGCCUCCAGGGGGCCUCGGUAUUCUCACCUGCUGUGUCAGAUACAGAGGCGAGCCAGGAUGAUUUCUCAGCCCCCACUUCACCUCCCAUGGCCCGUGCUGACUAAGUUCCCCUUCUGUGGUGACCACAGCUCUGUCACACACGGCUUCCUGUUGGGGCUUCCUUGCCUCACCCUCCAUUCGGGCCAUUUCCUUCCCUGACAGAGGGACCCGAACCCGGGCUCCUGCCCUGGCUGGUGCAGACAUGGUGCCCCUGCUCCUGCUGCUGCUGCCCCUGCUGUGGGGGGGGUCCCUGCAGGAGGAUCCAGGGUUCGAGCUCCGAGUGCAGGACUCAGUGACGGUGCAGGAGGGUCUGUGUGUCCACGUGCCCUGCUCCUUCUCCUACCCCUGGAGACCGUGGUAUGCCAGUGAGAAGCCCUACAUGUACUGGUUCCGGAAUGGGGACAGCCGUUAUCCUGUGGCUACAAAUGACCGAACGAAAAUGGUGAAGAUAGAGACCCAGGACCGAUUCCACCUCAUCGGGAGCCCCUGGGACAACAACUGCUCCCUGAGAAUCAGAGAGGCCAGGAAGAGUGACCAGGGAGUCUACAAGUUCCGAAUGGGGGGAGACAACGCGAAAUAUAGUUACAGAGAUAAGAAGCUGAUGGUGCAGGUGGCAGCCCUGACACAGAAACCCGACAUCCACUUUCCGGAGCCCCUGAAGUCUGGCUAUCCCACAAACCUGACCUGCAGUAUGCUGGGAUCCUGCGAAGGGGGAAGACCUCUCACCUUCUCCUGGGUGGGGGAUGCUCUUGACUCGCUGGACCCCCAGACCCUCCACUCCUCAGUGCUGACCCUCACCCCGAGGCUGCAGGACCAUGGCAGCAACCUCACCUGUCAGGUGCACCUGCCAGGAGGUCAGGACACCGUGGAAAGAACCAUCAGGCUCAAUGUCUCCUAUGCUCCCCAGAAACUCAACAUCAGCAUCUUCUUCAGCGACGUUGCAGUCCCGAAGAUUCUGCAAAACACCUCAUUGGUUCUCAUCCUGGAGGGCCAGGCUCUCAGUCUGCUCUGUGCUGCUGACAGCAGCCCCCCUGCCGAGCUGAGCUGGUUCCGGGGGUCCCCCCUCUGGAAUGCCACCCCCAUCUACAGGAGUGCAAACCUGGACCUGCCUCAAGUAGGGGCUGCAGAGGAAGGAGACCUCACCUGCCAAGCUCAGAACCCGCUGGGCUCCCAGCACGUCUCCCUGCAUCUCUCUGUGGUCUACCCCCCGCGGCCGCUCAGCCCCUCCUGCUCCUGGGAGGGCGAGGGGCUGCACUGCAGCUGUUCCUCCCGGGCCCACCCGGCCCCCACCCUGCGCUGGCGGCUGGGGGAGGGGCUGCUGGAGGGGAACCACAGCAACGCCUCCUGGACCAUCACCUCCAGCUCUGCGGGGCCCUGGGCCAACAGCUCCCUGAGCCUCAGCGGGCCGCUGGGCUCCGGCCUCAGACUCAGCUGCGAGGCCCGGAACGCCCACGGGUCCCAGAGCGCCGCCUUCCUGCUGCUGCCAGGGAAAUCGGUGUUCCUGGCAGGAGCCUUGCCUGCCGCUCUUGGAGGUGCUGGUGCUGGGGCCCUGCUGUCCCUAAGUCUGUGCCUCAUCUUCUUUUGCAUAGUGAAAGCCUGCAGGAAGCAAGCAUCCGGGAGUCAAGAGGGCCUGGGUAAUGAAGAUCCUGUCAUGGGUACAGUUGCCUGGGAUUCCAGGCGAAAGCCCUGGCCAGACAGCCCCCCAGCCCAAGCGACCCCUGUCAGGAAUGCCCCUCCCUCGGGGGACGAACAGGAGCUCCAUUAUGCCUCCUUCAGCUUUCAUGAGAUGAAGUCGAGGGAACCUGAGGAUAAGGAGGCCACCAGCACCAGCGAGUACUCAGACAUCAAGACAAGCGAAUGAGGAUGGCUUAGAGCCCAGUGCUGGCCUGAGGAGUCGUGGCCCCUGGGGGAGAGGAGAAGUCCGGCACUAAUUGGUGAAGCAUGUGGAGCCCUGUGGCAAUACAAACAGGAAGGACUUGCCGAGUGUCCCCAGGUAGAGCUGACUUGGGCUCCAACGUAGGCUGUCAAGCAAGUCACUUCAUCGCUCUGUGCCUCAGUUUCCCGUUCUGUAAUCAGAGAUCAUGCACCCUGCCUCAGAGGUGGCUGUGGCCAUUAAAGAAAUUAACAUUCAGAAAUCAA